CUCUCGGCUGGAGCAGGAGGCGCGCGCCCGACAGGAUCAAACAGACAUUUAAAGAAGUCGGCAGGGUGGGACUGAGUAAUCCAGGAAGUGUGGAGGCUGGUCGGGUGGGAGGCGACGAACCGGGACAGGUGACACACCGGCACUCAGGUUUAUGACCUCUGACCUCUGACUGUAGGACCAAAGAGGAGGGGACAGGAGACAGACACCCGUCGUCUCUUGGGUUUAUGGACUGGAGGUGGCCAUGUCUCCAGGAGAGGACGGUCUGAUUGGGAUCCCCUUCCCGGAGCACAGCAACGAGCUCCUGUCCCACCUCAAUGACCAGAGGAGGACAGGACUCCUGUGCGACCUCACCCUGACCUCCCGCGGGGCUCGUUACCCGACACAUCGCUCCGUCAUGGCCGCCGUCAGUCUCUACUUCCGGCGCUUGUUCGGCGCGGAGGAGGGCGGCAGCGAGGGCGGCGGCGGGUUCAGCGUCUGCCAGCUGGACUGCGUGGCGCCCGACGCCCUGGACGCUCUGCUGGAGUUCGCAUACACCGCCACGCUGACCAUCCCCAGCUCCGCCAUGAGAGACGUGCUGCGAGGGGCCCAGCUGCUGGGCAUCCAGUGCGUGGCGGACGCCUGCAGGGACAUCCUCGGGGAGACGGCGGAGACGGAGGGGGAGGAGCAGAGACCCCAACAAACCACGAGCGAGAAGAAAACGGCGGCGAUGCAGAGCGGCGUGGAGAAACUGUCGAGACGAAAAGACAAGAACAAGGUGAAGAAAAUCCGGCCGCAUCACAACAACUUCUCACCGCCGAACGUGCUGCCUGCCUCCCCCAUCUCCCGCCUCUCCCCCGCCUCUGACAACCACCGAUCCCUGCCCCCCACCCAGCCGCCGAGCCUCGUUCAGGAGGAGCUGCGCCUCUCGCCGGGGCAGAACGGGGAUUCCAGGCCCAUGAGAGAGGCAGGGACGGGAGCCACGCUGAACGGAGGGUUGCUCCACUGGCCGCACGAUCGCCCCCGCGUCGCCCACCCGCCCCCCGCCAACCAGCUGCCCGAGGACGAGGAGGCGGAGAGUUUAGGCGACGACGUGAUGCUGAUGAGGAGCAGCUCCGAACCUACCUCUGCGGCGGACCGAGGCGCCGCCGCGUCCGUCGCAGGAGGGGGGAGGAAGAGGAAGUCCCAAACCCCCCAGCAGUGUCCGGUGUGUCAGAAAAUCAUCCACGGAGCAGGAAAACUGCCCCGACACAUGAGGACGCACACCGGAGAGAAACCCUUCCAAUGCUCCGCCUGCGGCGUCCGCUUUACACGCAACGAUAAGUUGAAGAUCCACAUGAGGAAACACACGGGCGAACGCCCGUACACCUGCCCCCACUGCCCCGCCCGCUUCCUCCACUCGUACGACCUGAAGAACCACCUGUCCCUGCACAGCGGGGCGCGGCCCUUCGAGUGCCCGCUCUGCCACAAGGCCUUCGCCCGGGAGGACCACCUCCAGCGCCACCGCAAGGGCCACAGCUGCCUGGAGCAGCGCACGCGCCGGCCCCGGCGGGGGCCCGAGCUGAUGGAGGACGGCGGCCGGAGCGAGCAGUCCAGUCCUCUGUCCUUCCAGCCCCACCCCUCGGUGUUCCGCCCCCGCUCGCUCCUGGAAGGCGGCGGCGGCGGCGUAUCGGGAAGCGGCCUGCCGCUGAUGUUUCCCGGAGACGUGGAACGGGAGAGGGAACGCUCGCUCGCCCUCCAGGCUCUGGCCCAGCUCGGUCCUCACAGGUUGACCAACUACCACGAGCUUUUCCUGCGAGGCCUGCUGGGAGGCAGAGAGGGGGAGGGGGAGGAGCCAGGGAGGACCCACUCUCCGGCGCUGCAACGCGACCGAUGGGCCGAAGAAGAGGAAAUGGGAGAGGAAGAAGCAGAAGAAGGGGAAUGAUAAUAAAAAGACUUGUAUGUGGUAAAGCAUCCACAGUAAAAAAAAAAAUAUAAUAUAUCUAAAUAUAUAAUUAUCUCAGGUGGCUGGACUAAUGACCUGCUCCCGUACAGAGAGCACUUAAAAAAUGUAUCAAAGUUUAAAGGGAGGAAAACGGGUUUUCUGAAUUCUUUUAAAUGUUGGUUCUUCUGGUUUUGGACGUUUAUUUAGUUUGUUUUGUUGUUUAAAUUUCAAGUUCUUUAUGUUUGAGCUCUCUCUAAUGAUUUGAAUCAGUUUUGUUCUUGUUGGUGUUUAAAAACUGGGAUCUUUUUCACUAUGCAAACUAAAACCCGGGAUUAGACAGAAGACCUCAGUGAGGUUUGUGUGCCCCCUUGUCAGUCAGAAAGGCUUUUUCUAUGGGAUCAAUCUUGUGCCAGCAGGAACUGAAUCUGAAUUGCUCAGAUUGAAUCUGAAUGUGCAGAAUUUGUAAUUG